AUGCCCACCACUGCCACAGGAAAGUCGGCGAUGUCACACCCCAAUGGAAAAGCGCCCCAGCACACGUGGGAGUACGACUCCCCGAUCAGAGACGGCGUGGAGCUUCUCGAGGAGCAGGCCUACGCUGCUGAUGUGGAGGGCCCGAAAAAAAAAGUGUCACCCGCCUCGGAAGACUCGGAGAAACGAGUGGACCCGUUCGAUUUUUCAGUCAACAGCCCAGAACAGCGCAUCGCUCGCAUGGACCGCGAGCGGGCGGAGCGCGUGCAACGGCGUCGAACGGGGCUCAACUUCUUUCAGCGGUGGUUUAGUUACAUCCUCCCCUACGGCGGCGUCAUGGCCUCUGGCAUCAACCUCGCUAGCUCUUGCAUUGGGGCGGGCAUUAUCGCGCUGCCCUCCGCCUUCAACGCCGCAGGCAUUAUCGUGGCCUUGAUCUACAUGGUCGUCAUUGCCUACCUGACCGUGUACUCGUACAUACUCCUCGCCAUCGUCGCAAAGAAAACGGGCCUGCGCAACUACGAGCAGAUCGUGCGCACGCUGAUGGGCCCCGGCGCGGGCUACUUCCUCGCCUUCUGCCUCUGGUUUCUCAGCUUUGGUGCGGAGGUGUCGUACGCGAUUUCGCUGAAGGAUGUGCUAACAGCAUUCCUGGAUGCGUCCGAGACUGCUCCUGCGUACCUCCAGACGCUUCCCGGCCAGCGUGUCAUGACGUUUGUGCUGUGGCUCGUGGCCAUGCUGCCGCUGUGCCUGCCGAAGGAGAUCAACACGCUGCGCUACUUCUCCUGCGUCGCCAUCUGCUUCGUCGUGUACUUUGCCAUCACCAUGGUGAUACACAGCGGCAUGAACGGCCUGCAGGAGAAGCCCCGCCCUGUUGUGAAACUCUUCAACCAGGGCAACACCGCCAUUGGUGGCCUGGCGACCUUUCUCUUCGCCUUCAUCUCGCAGCUCAACGCGAUGGAGGUGGCGGGCGAGAUGCACAAUUUUUCGGUGCGCCGCAUGUCGAUAGCGUCUGCGAUUGGAGUUUUCAUUUGCUUCGUGCUGUACUUCUUUGCUGGCCUCUUUGGGUACCUGGACUUCGGCCCGAAGGUGACCGGCUCCGCGCUGAAGCAGUACAACCCCGUCAAGGAUGCAAUGAUGGGCGUCGGCUACGGUGGUCUCAUGUUGAAGCUGUGCGUCGGCUACGGUCUGCACAUGAUCCCGGUUCGUGAUGCCAUCUACUACGUGUGCCAGACGAACGUGCACGAGAUCGCCUGGUGGAAGAACGCGUGCGUGUGCGGUUCGAUGGCCUUAUUAUCGCUCAUCUGCGGUCUCUUCGUGCCUCGCAUCAACGUUGUCUUCGGCCUAGUUGGCGGCUUCGCAGGCGGCUUCAUUGGUUACAUCUACCCAGCGCUUAUGGUGAUGUACGCCGGCAACUGGACCUUCUCGACUGUUGGUAUCUUCCACUACGUCUGCACCUACCUGCUGCUUUUUGCUGGCGUCAUUGCUGUCGUGUGGGGUACCAGCGCCGCCAUUUUCGACGAGGUCAUGGCACAGCGCGGCUAA